GCUCAGUUCUCCUAAAUCUAAAACGAAGCUCGAAAGGAGUUCUCCUUCAAGAAAAGUAUGGAGGUUCCUUCACCUUCAGAGUAACAGUCAAGAUCAAAGUAGAAAGUAUCAAAGUAACCGUCAAGACUCCUUGAACAUGUUCACCACCAUCGCUUUUUACAUCAAAUCUGAAAACAGGGAAAAUCUAAAGACUCCUUGUGAGUAAAGUCAUCUACCGCCUUUGGCAGUAAGGACAUUUUCGAAAAAUCGAGCUGUCAAGAUGUCUGACGUCGAAUCUGUGGCCGCUGCCUCUGCCCCGGCUGAGGAGGAAGUGACGGAUCUCGGUUCCGCUGUGCGCCGUGUCUGCAAGAACGCCCUUGCCGCUGACGGUUUGGCCCGUGGCCUCCACGAGGGUACAGGCUUAUCUUACCUUAGUUUGAGAAAGCAGGCAUAUUUUGGAAUCAGAAGCGAAAUUGAAUCCGUCAUGACAAAAUAGUCUUAGCGCAAACCGUCCUUCUUAGAAAACACGGACCUUUUGAGUGCCGUUGAUAGGGACUACCUUGUGAGAGGUGUCAGCUGCUAUCUUCGUUUCUAAGGAAUAACCACUACUUCCAUCCCACCGUCUCCUCAAAGAUAUUUGUCAUUGCUACGCAUUUUCCAUUGCUCGUUGAUGCUCUUCAUGUCUUAAUAAAUCGCAUCUACAGGUGUCAAGGUGAUCGAUGGUGGGCGUGCCCAAUUUGUGUUUUUGUCCGAGUCCUGCGACGAGCCGGCUUACAAGAAGCUGGUGAAAGCUUUGUGCGCUGAGAAGCAGGUGCCUCUGUACGAAGUCCCAGAUAGCAAGAAGCUCGGUGAGUGGGCUGGCCUUUGCAAGAUUGACUCCGAUGGAAACGCGAAGAAGGUCGUCGGCGCGUCCUGCGUCGUCGUCCACGACUACGGUGACGAGUCCGAGGGCCUCAACUGGCUCCGCAACAACGUCAGCACCGCCUAAGACGCUACACGAGCGAUCUUCAUCGACCGUUGUUGAUAGCAAGAGGAUGGUGACUAUUCCGUGUGGCUGCAUGAGACACCAUUUUUUCUUCGAAAAGAAUUUCGAUGUCUGUUGCUGACGGGUGGAGAAAUGAAAGGCACUGGUGCGGCAAACGACUGCGGAUCAACGGGUGGAAAUGCGUUUUGGGAUAAAAUUCUGGUGGCAAGGAGCAAGCGGUGAAAGCUACUCUCCAGUUGUCUCGAUUGUUGCAUUGAUUCACAACUGUAGUCUGAUGUCAGACAUUGCGGUGUAAUUUCUUGUCCAUGAUGACUUGACCAAACCAAAGUUCGUAAAGAAGCCAUACGCUUAGCGCGCGCGGUGCUUGUUGGAUGGUUGUUCAUGGUGCUGUCGCUCUGGUCGGUCAGCAGCGUCGUGUGCAUGGCGAUUUGUUAACCACUUUUAUCGGUUGCCUUUCGCUUUCGGUUUGACCAUCCUGCGCUGUACUUCAAGAAAUGAAUUGUUCCCGUUCCCAGAGUGUCUAUUCGGAUUGGCGAGAGAACAGACAA